AUGGGAUGGUUACUUGCAUUAAUCAAACAGCCAUCAGUGAUCAGUGAGAUCAUUGCUGGCGUAAUUGUUGGUCCUUCAGUACUAGGAAAUAUCGAAUUUUGGUCAACACAUAUAUUUCCUUUAUCAUCAUGGAACUAUUUUACAUUAGUCGGCAAUAUUGGUCUUAUUUUAUUUAUGUUCAAUAUGGGUUUAGAACUUGAACGAAAAGAACUUCAAAAUCAAUGGAAAUCUUCUCUUCCAAUAUCGAUUUCUACUAUUGUCAUACCAUAUGCUACUGGAGCUGCAUUUGGUUUCUAUUUGUAUGAUAUUAACAAUCAAAAUGGAUUUACACCACCUGAUCGAGUUGCAUUCAUUCUAUUUACAGCAUCGAGUAUGUCAUUUACUGCUUUUCCUGUUCUUGCAUCCAUUCUUUCAUCAACAAAACUCAUAUCGACACAGAUUGGUACUUUAACAAUUAAUUGUGCGGCCGUGAACGACAUUAUGGGUUGGUGUUCAUUAGCUAUUGCUGGUGCAUUUGCCAAAGGAUCAGAGAUUGUUGGUUUAUGGAUAAUUUUAAUUGCGAUCGGUUAUGUUAUCUUUAUGUUUACCAUUGUUCGAUGGUUGGUUUUGCAUGCAUAUUCAUUCCUUGUUAAACGUGAUAAUGAAAUGAAUCGUACAUUUCUUGUUGGUAUCUUUCUUCUUCUUCUUGGUUCAUCUUUCUUUUGUGAUAUACUUGGUAUUCAUUCAUUUUUUGGUGCGUUCAUUGUUGGUGUUUUAUGUCCUAAAUCAGGUCAAUUUAGUACUACAUUAUAUCCAAAAUUGGAAUUAGUCACUGUUGAAUUAUUAUUACCACUAUUUUUUGCUGCUAGUGGUAUGCGAACAAAUUUGGGUUCAUUAAAUGAUAAGUUUCAUGUUGCCGUUACUGUACUCAUUUCUGUUAUUGCUGCUUUGACUAAAUUUUUGCCUGGAUGUUUUGUAACAAAAAUUGUUACUCGACGUCCAUGGAAAUUUUCAGCUAGUAUUGGGAUAUUAAUGAAUACACGUGGUCUAGUCGAACUGAUUGCAUUAAAUAUUGGUGUUCAACUUAAAAUUCUUUCACCACGUCUAUUUACUAUGUUUAUUAUAAUGGCACUUGUUAAUACAUUUAUGACAUGCCCAUUACUUUGGCUUGUUUAUCUUAGAAAAUACAAAUCUACAACGUUUUAUAAUAAUGAGACAAAUAAUAAUGAAGAAAUAGUCACUGAUGAAAGAGUCCCACUAAUUACAUCAGCGCCAUCAAUUGGGAUGCAGUCUUGA